UGGGUCCCUUCCAACUCGGCAUAUUCUGGGAUUCUGUGAAAUGGUUGUCCAUGCACUAGGAGCAACAUAUAGCAGAUAAGUUGUUCAUACUGAAUUGGGAAUGUACAUUUAGAUAGGUCUGUUAAAUUACAUGUCUUAAUAGGAGCAUAACAAAUGGUAAGUGACAAAAAAAAUCUUUGUUAAAUAAGGAGUCUGUGAUGUGGAUAAAGUGAACAUCUGGACAGCUGAUGGAGUAUGGCAAAGUGAGAUUAAUGAAAAGAGCAUGAAGAAGACUAGAGACAACAUUCUCAGCAACAUCCAUGCACACCAGGACUGGACAUCACAGACAGCAGAAGGUCAAGAAGUCCUUGGAAAAUAAAAAGUCUAAGCAGUUUGAGGAGGUGGAAACUACUGUUCUAGGAGUGAACAGUAACUAUGAUGACACAGUGAGCAACAUUUCUUCUGCCUCACCGAAGGGCCCAGUGAACGGGAGCACAGAGUCCAGAAGCAAGCGGACCAUUCGCAGACCUGCUUACUGGCUGGAAAUGAGAGGAGUGAAAAACAGUGUUAACAAAUCUCCAGAGAAAAAAGGAGAAGUAUCAUUGAAAGGCAAGAGGAAAUCUGAGCAAGGGGAAGGCGAAGAUGUUGAAGACUCUCCCAAGAAGAAGCAAAAAAUUUGGGGAAUCCUUCAGGAAUCCCAAGAGCCUGAGACCAGACAGAGGGAAAGUCUGGAACAAGGAAACCUUACACUCAGUGAUGGAGGACGAGCAGGAAAAAACCGGCAAGCUGGAACAAAACAAAACUCCAAAAGGAAAGGCCGCUGUGUUCAGAAAGAGACAGAAACCUAUGGCACAGGUAGUAUGGAAGAACAGUGGUCUUUGGAGAUUCAGGACAAAGGCCGAGUUACCUGUCCCACAUGCCGGGCUGUGGUGAGAAAGACUGUAGAAGGACUGAAGAAACAUAUGGCAAACUGCAGGCAGGAAAUGUUCACAUGUCAUCAGUGUGGGAAGCAGCUGAAGUCUUCAGCAGGGAUGAAAUACCAUGUCAUGGCAGACCAUAACAAUCAGCCAGUUAUGAAGGAGGGAGAGGAAGUGGACGAGCAGCUUGAGCGAGACCGCCUUCGGAAGGUUUUGAAGUGUAUGGGAAAACUGAAGUGUACAAGGGAGGGCUGCACAGGCAGCUUCACCAGCAUAAUGGGAUACCUGUAUCAUGUUAAAAAAUGUGGGAAGGCUGCUUCUGAGCUGGAGAAAAUGGCUAUGAAGUGCCAUCACUGUGGAAAAGCAUACAGAUCAAAGGCAGGACUGGUCUACCACCUCCGCUCUAAGCACGGGCCGGUCACUUUCCUCCAUGAGGAGAGAAGAACAGGGAACCUGAUAGAAAUGAAACAGGAACAAAACAACACAGGCAGAGUUCAGAGGAGAUCUGCAAAGGUGGCAAUCUACUAUCUCCAUGAACUGGCUGGAGAAGAGCUGGCCAAAGAGUGGCCCAAAAGAAAAGUUCUGCAGGACUUGAUUCCAGAUGACCGGAAGCUGAAAUACACUCGUCCUGGACUGCCCACGUUUAGUCAAGAUGUGCUGUGCAAAUGGAAAGCAGAGAUAAAGAUGUACCGAAGAGUCCACUGCCCAAAUCAGGGUUGUGAAUCUGUGUAUGGCAGUGUCUCAGGACUCAAAUCUCACCUCGGCACAUGUACCUUGGGAGACUUUGUGGCUGGUAAAUACAAGUGUCUCCUGUGUGAGAAGGAGUUCAUUUCAGAGAGUGGGGUCAAGUAUCACAUCAACUCUGUGCAUGCUGAGGACUGGUUUGAUAUGAACACAAUGACCACCAAAAGCUUUGAGAAGCUAAUGAAAAUCCGCCAAAGGGAAGAGCAGAGGAAGCAACGGAAGAAACGUCCUUUGACCAGGGGCAGAAAGAAGAAAGCCGGGACCCUGGCUGCCAAGAAGCUCCCCACUGCUGGAGUUGAAAAAAUGAGAAAAAAUAAGAGGGGUCGUCCACGGCGGGUGAACAAUGAGAGUGCGAGCAGUGAGGAAGGGGCACCCCAAGUUGCACAGAGAGCUGAAUUUCCUAAAACCAGCCGCAAGCGAGGCCGAAGCAAAUCCCUAGAGGAUGAGAAGCUGUAAUUCUAAAGCUUUUCAAUUACAAGCCCCACUUCUGUCCAGCUCAUAACUCACAGCACUAAUAUAAGCAACUGGAUGUCUUUGGGACUUGUGACUCAAUUCUGCUCGGCGACUUUGAUAUUGAAACUUUUGCCUCUGCUCAGUUGUGAGGGAUUCAAACCAAAGCUGUGGUGCAGAGGCUGCCUCUUCUGGUAUAGUUCCCUUGGACAGUGGCAUUAGCAGUGUACUCAGUGUGAUUCCUACUCUGGUUACAUCCCAGUCUCAGAUUGGUCACAUUAAUUGCUUGUUUAGUGGUUUCCAGUACAGCAGAUGUCUGUUUUGUCAUCUUCCUCAGAUGGGUGAGAUCAGGGUUCUUUUUUAGCAGUUCUCCCCAUAAGGGACUGACUAGCACAAUGUUUAGGUCUCUUCAAGGGGGAAAUCCUUUCUUGCACAGAAUGCACACAAACUAAGCAGUGCUGUGCAGAAUGCAGUCUUUGGCUUGCCCUAUCACUGUCCUGUCUGUUGUCAGCAAGGCUGCCACAAAAGAGCAGAGACCUUCCCAGUUUGCUGUAGCCUGUUGCACAAGGCUCUAAUUCAUGCACUGGUGUUUAGGCUGAGCAGCAGAUGAGCACAGGUCUGCUUGGAAGGGAUGGGACAUGAUUAUUGCCUUUGUCAGGAGCCCACCGUUCCCCUGGCAUCUGUCUCCUGUAAUGCUGGGCAUUAAAGAUGCAUAAAGAGUCUUCUAGUGCAGCAAGGAAUAGUUGCUCUCCAGCCCUUUUUAGAGAUUCACUGGCCUUUCAGAGCCCCCAGUAAGUAAUAUACUGAGAUGGCCUUUGUGUACCCGCUGAAGCCCACUUGUUUCAGACUGACCUGGGAAACGUACUGCAAGACAGUGCACACCCGCAUUAGCAGCCUGCUAGUGCUGGAACCAGGUUUCAUGGAACUGCCUUGCCAGCAUGUGGUUCUUUGUUGUGCCAGUGCUUCCACAGUGUCCCUUUGUCCUGCGCUGCAGAUGCCACCUCCAUUGUCUUACAUCACCUGUUUCUUUUCAGCACCACUUCCUCUGUGCUAAUGACAUAUAUUAGCAGUGGCUGCCCUGUGUAGAAAAGGUUAGUAGAAGAGGGAUCAUCAUUUUAAGUCAUGUGUUGGCAUUAGCUCUGUAUUAUAAGGAAUAAUAUCUUCCUGUGCUCCAUAAAUCAUAGAAUCAUAGAGUGUUAAGGGGUUGGAAUGGACCUUAAAGAUCAUUUAAUCUGCACCCCCCCAACAUGGGCAGGGACACCUCCCACUGGACCAGGUUGCUCAAGGCCUUAUCCAGCCUGGCUUUGAACACUUCCGGGGCUGGGGCAUCCACAACCUCCCUGGGCAACCUGUUCCACUGUCUAAAUGCAGCAGAUGUCAUAGAAGCUACCAAGAAGCAGCAGCACGGGCAAUCCUAUUCUUUUUCAAAGACUAGAUUCUCCAGAAUUUCUGUUAUCCGAAGACCCACUGUACCAGGAAGUUGCAAAAUUUGCACUGUCUGACAAAGUUGCUGCUGCUGAAAUUCACAGUGAAGCAGGAAGCAGGUUUGUACAUGUGUGUUAUUACCAGCAUGAUCACAUUGGCCCUGAUGGGGGGGAGUGCUGUACGGCCAGGGUGGUCUCUGAAACUGCCUUUGGAACCAGAUGCCACUGUGCUUGCAAGUGCUGCCCUGAAAGCAGACAUGUCUGGACUCUGCAGGAUGUGUAAGGUCUGCAGUGAGAUGGGCAAGAUCAGAAGACAGCAAAAUAAAAUGUCACCAGAAUGUGGUU